CACAAGAGAGACGACGUACAGAAGUCGUGAAAAUGGAGAGAGGUCAUAAUGAAGAAGAAGAGAGAAUGAGAGAUCUCUACGAUGCAUCCCGCAAAGGGUGUGUUUCAGAUUUGAACACACUACUCCAGCAAGAUCCAUUGAUGUUGCACAGAGUGAGCUCAUGCCCAACCCUCAAUGAAACACCCUUACACAUAUCAGCUUUACUUGGCCACCUUGAAUUCACCAAAACCCUUCUCCAUCACUGUCCCAAACUCGCCCUUGAGUUGGACUCCUUACGAAGAACACCUCUCCACUUGGCUUCUGCAGAAGGACACGUGGACAUUGUGAAAGAACUCUUGCGAGAUUCUGCUGAUCAUGCAUGCCUGGUUGGCGACCAAGAACACAGAAUCCCUUUGCACUAUGCAGUUAUAAGAGGCAGAAAAGACGUUGUGUUGGAGCUGGUUAGAAGAAAGCCAGAGUCUCUGAGGUUCCACGAUGACAGGGGCAGAAAUGUUUUCCACUUGUGCGUGAUGCACAAUCAGUUGGACAUCCUGAAAGCUUUGGUGGCUUUGGAUACUCAUGACACUAACAAGCUUCUCACUGAAGGAGACUUGGAUGGCAAAAACACCGUUCUACAUUUGGCCAUCAUGUUAAAACAAGUUGAGACUGUGAGUUGCCUGAUUUCAAUUCCGAAAGUAAGAUCAGAAGCAACGGAGUUGAAGAACAACGUGGGUCAUAGUGCGGCUGACAUUGUUGAGCAAAUCCCACGGGACUGCAAGAGCCUUGAAAUUCAAGCGAUACUGAUGGAGUGGGGCAUCAAAUUUGGGAAAAAGAUCAGUGUUGGUGCUAGAGAAGAAGAGGACAGAUCUGGGAAUUCAAAGUGGUGGUCGAUGAGAAAUGUUGUCGCAUGGAUGAAACAGUGGAUCCAUGGUGAUGGUGAAUGGGUACAACAGAUGAGAGCGAAUCUAAGUCUGGUACCAACCAUAGUCGCAACCAUAACGUUUCAAGCUGCAAUAAAUCCUCCAGGAGGCGUGGUUCAACAAAAUAUAAGAUCACCAGAUCUCGGCAACAACAGCGACACUUCAUUUAAAACACUCAAAGAAGGACCACUGGGCUGCUCGCCGUACAGAACUAGCAAUGGCUAUAAUGAUGAAAUAUGUCCCGGGCAAGCCCUACUUGCUUAUAAGUAUCCAAUAUCAUUUGGAAAAUUCAUGAUUUACAAUGACAUCGCUUUUGUUUCGUCUCUGGUUGUUGCCUUCUUGCUUCUGAGUGGAAUCCCUCUGAAAAGUAAGUCUAUGAUGUGGGCGCUCAUUUUAGGCAUGAUUUCAAAUCUCACAUUCCUAUUAAAUGCCUAUUUUAUCAGCCUCUAUCUUAUCAGCCCAUAUGUCACUGACGACGACAAAAUCGUAACCAAAACCUCUUGGAUCAUUAAUGGAUGCCUUGGCUUUAUUGCUCUGUGCAUCGUGGUGACGCGGGUCACAGCUAAGAUUUCUAAGAAACGCAACACAAGGGGCUCAUCAGCAACAGGGAUGGAAACGUCUCAAUCAGUUACUACUGCAUGUUAGGGUUAUAUGUAUGUAAUUCAACUACAACUUUUCAGGUUUGAUUGUACUGCUAAUUUUCUGGAUGUAUUGCUCUUGGAUAUCUAAUGGCUGGCGUGUGGUUUAUAUGUUUCUCAUCCCCGCUUAACUGGCCUAGCCAUCUCAUUCUUAUUAAGUUGUUCGUAUUUUAUACCUUGAAAUAUACUUCUAAGUUUCCAGGGUCA